AUGGAAAGUGACCGCCGGGACUCCAAACUUCAAAAGCUGGAUGCUUUGAGGAGGAGGGUACCUGCAGUGUCUGCAUCAGCUUUGGCGGGUUUACUUCAGGACAUCGAGAAAAAUGGCUUGCCGUCUUUGAAGCAGCGGAAACAUGUCAAGGAAGCUACUGAACACACAGUCUUAGAGCACAAGGCCUAUGGGCCGAUGAUUGAUUCCAUCAAGGUGGCUACUGAUGAAGGGGAGGUCGAGGUGAUCAUGGCCAACUUCUUCUCUUUGUUGCAGGCGCUUUUUGAGACAUCCUCCGAAUUCCAGGGUCUCCUGCACAGCAGCCUUGUGGCUUCUGGUGGUCAGCCAUUAAACCUCGUUUUUUACUCAGACGAGGUCACUCCUGGAAAUGUUCUUUCAGCUGAUACCUCCAGGAAAUUGUGGGCAAUAUAUCUUUCCUUCAUGGAAUUUGGCUCACAAGCCUUGUCCAAGGAGGAGGCUUGGAUACCGGUUCUUUGCCAGCGAUCGAAGCUUGUGAAUGAUCUUCCGGGGGGUGCCAGCCAGAUGGCUUCGCUGGUGUUGAAGAACAUUUUCUGCCAUGGGCAUUGCCACCCAGAGGCCGGAUAUGAUAAGUUACAAACUUGGUACGUGAGGCUUGGCAUCCUCUUGAAGACAGCUGACGACAGCUUGUGCAUCAAUCUGAAGUUCAAGCUCGGCGCUUUUCUUCAAGACGGACUUGCUCACAAGUCCCUGUUCUCAAUCAAGGGCGACAACGGCACUCGGUGCUGCCUCCUUUGCAAAAACGUCAUCUCUACCAACAGCAUCGAGCUUGAAGAAGCCAGGCUGGUUUCUGAUAUCUACAAGGAAGCAGACUUGGAACUGUCAACAGAUGAUGACUUUGCAACUACUGUGCUCAAGACGGUGCAAAAGAAGGACACUUUGUCCAGUAAGGAUUUCCAGCUCUGGCAACAAGCAGCUGGCUUGAACUUCAAUGAUGCAGCCAUGAUAUUCGAUCCGGACCUCUGCAGGGUUGUCAAGCCCACAAGCCAAUGGCUUCACGACUGGAUGCACACAUUCCUGGUGAAAGGGAUUUUCAACACAAUCAUGCACCUGAUGAUGCAAGCAGCCGAGGAAGAGUUGGGCCGAGACUUUUACAAGAUCGUCCAUGACUAUGUGAAGGAGUGGCAACUUCCCAAGAGCAGGUCAGAAAACCUGUCAGGUUUGUUUGUGCACAAGAGGAAGAAAGCCAACGACGAAGCUGGGAGCUUCAAGUGCAGUGCCUCCGAGGGGUUGAGUUUGUUCAGCAUAUUUACGUGCAUGUUGUUGAACGUGGUUGCUCCCGUCGGUGUGUGUGCUAAGCCGAUUGCUGUGAUGGUGGCAUUAGCAAAUGUGCUUGAGCUGCUUCAAGCAUGUGCUCUGCCAGGAAUCACGAGCCCAGGCAGGCUUGCUGCAGCCAUAGAGGCUUUCCUCGAAGCCAGCAUUGCAGCAGGAUGGCAUGAUGCCUGGCACCCAAAAUUUCACUGGGUGGUACACUUGCCUGCCCAGUUGCGGAAAUGGGGCAUUUUGCCUGCAUGCUGGGUCCAGGAACGGAAGCACAAGUUGGCAAAAAGGUUUGGCACCCUGCAAUCAAACACAACUAACUAUGAGAGGUCGAUUCUUUUGCAAAUUCUGGGCCAGACACUAUCUGAUAUUCAGCAGGAAAAGCUCUUUGACACAUCUUGCAAGCUGGCACAACCCGGAAAAGCACCAGCCAAAAUGGUGGCUUUUCUGCAGGAGUACAUGCCCGGCUUCCAGAGCAUCCACACGAAUGCAGUUGCGGCAUUGCAGCCAGCAGGUUUUGCACACAAGGGGGAUCUGGUAUUGAUGAAAGCUUCCCGCCAAGUUUCACAAGUGUAUUUUCAUGCCGAUCUUGAUGGAGUUGUGUAUUCUUUGGUUUCCCAUUUCAAUCUGGUGAGGAAUGAUUUGGCCCAUGGCUCGUUGAUAGUCCAAAGGACUGAUGCCCCAAUGCUGGUAGAAACCAGCAUGAUAGCUUGCCCUUUGCAGCACACCUCUCUUGGAGGGGACAAAAUUCGAGUUCUGAUUCCUCUGGCCCACAGAAAGGCUUGA